AUGAGAGCAAAACGCAACAUAUUCAAUAAAAUGCAAAGUGAAGAUUUGCUUGCUAAGAAAAAAGUGCGGUACAUUAAUGAUGAGACCUUUAGGUCAAAGGUUAAAGAAACCAGUAAAGAAAGGUAUCUGAAUGACGAACAUUACAAGACAAAUUUAAAACAAAAGAGUGUGCAAAAAUAUGCACUGGACCCUGAGCAUAGAAUGACUGUGAAGCAAAAAAGUAUUGCAAAGUACCAGACAAAUGAGUCGCACAGAGAGGACGUGAAGAGCAGAAGCAAAAUUAAGUAUAGAGCUGAUAUUACACACAAAGAGAAAGUGAAACGUAUGAGUACACAAAAGUACAAAUUAGAUGACAUGCACAAAGAAAAAGUUAAAAGACAAAGUGCAGAAAAGUACAAAGUGGAUGAGAUUCGUAGACGAAAUGUCAAAAACAGAAGUACAGAAAAGUAUAAGUCAGAUGAGAUGCAUAGAGAAAAUGUCAAGAGCAGAAGUACAGAAAAGUACAAGUCAGAUGAGAUGCAUAGAGAAAAUGUCAAGAGCAGAAGUACAGAAAAGUACAAGUCAGAUGAGAUGCAUAGACAAAAUGUCAAGAACAGAAGUACAGAAAAGUACAAGUCAGAUGAGAUGCAUAGACAAAAUGUCAAGAACAGAAGUACAGAAAAGUACAAGUUAGAUGAGUUGCAUAAACAAAAUGUGAAAAAAAGAAGUACAGAAAAAUACAAAUUAGAUGAAGACCACAGAAAAAAAGUUAAAGUUGCAAGCAAAGCGAGUUAUCAUCUGAGUUCAGAGGCUAAAAGACUUAAAAAAGAUAAAGUUUCAAAGAAAAGACAAGAACGGAGGGAAAAGUUAAAAGGUGAAGGCGAGGUAGUGAAUUUCUUUAGAAACAUGAUCAAACAAGGACCAGAGUACACAUGUUGUUGUUGUCAUCGUUUGCUGUUUGAAAACCAAGUUCGUGGAUGUACACAUGAAAUGUAUACAAUGAACCAUCAGGCAAGAAAUGUGGCAGAUCUGUGUAUAGGUGACAAAUAUGUUCACCAGUGUGGUGCGUCUUGUACAGACUAUUGUCCGAGGUCUACUAUGUGGGUGUGUUUUACAUGUCACAGAAAAAUCAUGAGUGGGAAAAUACCACAAGAAGCUGCAAUUAAUAAGAUGUCACUUGAGGAAAUUCCACUAGAGCUCAGCGAUUUGAAUUCCUUAGAGCAACACCUCAUUGCUUUACACAUCCCUUUUAUGAAAGUCAUGUCUCUUCCACAAGGUGGUCAAAGAAAUGUGCACGGACCUGUAGUGUGCGUUCCGUCAAACAUAAAGAAAACAACCAGUUUACCACUGAACAAUGAUGAGAAUCUGUUACUGAGGGUGAAACUCAAACGCAAACUAUCCUACAAAGGCUAUUUCGAAUACCAGUUCGUAAAUCCACGACAUAUUAAAGCUGCUCUUGAAUUUUUGAAAGAAAACAAUAAAUGGUACCAAGACGUUUCCAUAAACAGCAAUUGGACUGAGAAUGACGAUCACUGUUUGAUAAGCGAUACUAUUGAUAAUAAUGAGAGCAAUCAGGAAAUGCCAGAAAUAGAGAUAAAUCACAACCAGGAAGUCGCAACUGAUACAUGCUUACAGCCUGUCGACAUAGCGCAAGAAGUCCUUGAUCAUUACUUUGAUGAUGUCUUUAAUAUUGCACCAGGCGAAGGACAAAACCCGGUUAGGAUGUUACAAGAAAAAGGAAAUGAAGCAAAGUCAUUCCCACAUUUAUUUCCAUCUGGCAGAUUCACAUGGAAUGAAGAUAGGGAUGAAAGGAUAACACUAUCUAGAUAUUUCAACAACAGACUUAUGAAUACAGACAAUAGAUUCGCAAAGGACACGAAUUACAUUUUCUUUGCACAAUUUAUGUCAGAAUUAAAGCAGGUGAUAGAGAAAACACAGAUAUCAAUACGAAAGUCCUUGUCCAAAGGUAGCGAUGGCAAAUUGGUGACAUCAGACAUGCUACAAGAUCCAAACAUUCUCUCGAAAUUAAUCAAAAAUGACGAAGCCUUGCGAUUCAUGCAGCCAAUAAGAGGAACACCUGCGUAUUGGUCUACAACACAGAAAGAUCUUUUUGCAAUGCUGCGACAGUUAGGAAUACCAACAUGGUUUUGUUCUUUUUCGGCUGCUGAAUUCAGAUGGAAUGAAAUAGUGGGUUGCAUUUUACACCAUGAGCAUGACAAUCGAAAUCCUUCUGAUUUAGACUGGUCUGAAAAGAGUGAAAUUCUUAGAAGAAAUCCGGUCACUGUUGCCAGGAUGUUUGAACACAGAUUUCAUGUAUUCCAAAGAGAAGUCAUUCUGUCACCGGCCAAUCCCAUAGGAAAUGUUGUUGACUACUUUAUAAGAGUUGAAUUCCAACAAAGGGGUUCCCCACAUAUGCAUUGCUUAUACUGGGUUGAAGACGCGCCAAAAUUUGGGGAAGAUUCAGAGAAACAUGUUUGUGACUUCAUUGACAAGUAUGUGUCAUGUUCCCUUCCAUCCGAAGAUGAUGAACAAGAUCUAAGACAGGCUGUGUUAAGUGUUCAACAACAUAGCAAAAAUCAUUCUAAAUCAUGUCGAAAAAAGGGAACAGAAUGCAGGUUCAACUUUCCAAGACCGCCAUCAGAGAGAACUUUUAUCGCUGAACAAUGUGAAGAAGAUGCAGAGACUCUUCAAACCAACAUGCAGAUGAACACGUCACAAGCUAAGGAUACUUUACUUAAAGUGUGGAAUAAAGUUCUUGAUGACAAUAGCGAAACUCAAACAACUGAAGAGAUAUUUGCAGAUUUAUCUUUGUCGCAAGAGGAUUAUGAGAAAGCACAUAGAGUACUUACAUCAAGAACAACAACUAUUUUAAAAAGAGACCCAAAGGAAAUGUGGACAAAUCAAUACAACGAAUGUCUCCUCAAAUGCUGGGAUGCCAACAUGGACAUUCAGUAUGUUCUUGACCCAUUCAGUUGUAUUGUGUACAUUAUUUCUUACAUCUCCAAAGCAGAACGAGAAAUGGGCAUGUUAUUAAAACAAACAAAAAUUGAGGCAACUGAAGGAAAUCUGAGUGCAAAGCAAACUAUGAAGAAAAUAGGAUCAGCUUAUUUAAACCACCGAGAAGUCAGUGCACAAGAGGCUGUGUACAGAGUAUGCAAUUUAAAAAUGAAAGAGUGCUCAAGGAAAGUAGUGUUUAUUCCUGUUGGGGAAAAUCCAACACGCUUAAGCAAACCGCUUUCGCAGUUGAACAGAAAACGAAAACCACAAUCGGACCAAUGUGAAGGCGAUGACGAUGAGGAAGACAUUUGGAUGACGAAUAUUGUAGAAAGAUAUGAGAAUCGCCCACAGACUGACUAUUUUAAUCAGAUGUGUCUUGCAGAGUUCUGCUCUGAGUUCAGAGUACUUGCAAAAUCUCAAGUUCCACAGGGUGAAAAGGAAGGAGUAUAUGAAUUGCGAAAUGGAAAAGGUUACAUACAGAAAAGAACAAGAGGUAAACCAGCUGUCAUAAGAUACCCACGGUUCAAUGCUGAAAGUGCGCCUGAGAAGUAUUUUCAAUCAAUACUUCAGCUGUUUUUGCCUUAUAUUAAUCAAAGGCAACUAAAACCACCUGGUUUUGAUCUAUAUGAGUCAUUCUAUAGCAAUGGGUUUGUCAGAGUAGAUACUGAUUUGCAAGCAGUGAAGGAUGUUGUGAAUGAGCAUCGAAAUCAGUUUUCUAAAGACGAGGAAGCAAUUGAAAAUGCUGCAGAAAUAUUUGAAAUGAUUGGUGAGCCUGAAGAUGCAUGGGCAAGUCUUUGUCCCGAAACUGAAAUGAAGCGUGAAGAGUGUUUAAUUCAGAAAUCAAUAUUGGACUCGGAAGACACCCAACUAAAGGAAGUAACUGAAGAAGUUGAAAGAGAAGAUUCUUCAGAUGUUAUAUAUCACAUCAGGGAGGCUUCGAAUUCAAGACAAGAGAUGCUUCCUUUACUGCAAAGCUUAAAUGAUAAGCAGAAAGAGGUCUUUUAUUCAGUGCGCGAAUGGUGUCUGAAGAAAAUAUCACAAGAAAAUCCAGAACCAUUGCAUAUUUUUAUAACGGGCGGAGCUGGAACAGGGAAAAGUCACUUGAUUAAAGCGAUUCAUUUUGAAGCCUCAAGACUUCUUGGAAAGACAUUGCCCAUACCCAACGCCAUAUCAAUUCUUCUAACUGCUUUCACAGGAACGGCUGCCUUUAACAUUGGAGGAAACACAAUUCACCACGUUUUCUCGUUGUCUAAAGCUCUGCCCAUUCCAUAUGAACCCCUGAAGGAACAAACUUUGAAUGCAAUGAGGUCCAAAUUAGAAAAUGUACAAAUCUUGAUCAUAGAUGAAGUAUCCAUGGUCUUUAAACGUCUGAUGUAUUACAUACAUGAACGACUUGUUCAAAUUAAAAAAUGCAAGCAACCAUUUGGUGGUAUUUCGGUCAUUGCUGUAGGUGAUUUUUACCAGCUCCCCCCUGUAAAGCAACGAAAAGACGAGAGAUUGUAUAAGGUAAAUGACACAUACCCUGUUGACUACUGGUUAGACUUCUUCAAAAUCAUUGAGCUGGAUGAAAUAAUGCGUCAAAGGAAAGACGUUGAAUUUGCUGCCGUUUUGAAUUAUUUUCGUGUUAGGACAAUUGAUGAGCAGAUAUCGAACGAAGCUUUGACAGUACUGCGAGAUUGCAUCAGAGAAGGUCCAGACGAUGCGUUGCACGUUUAUUCUACGAACGUCGAGGUAAACGAUUUUAAUCUCGAAAAGUUGCAGACAUGCUGUGCAAAUUUUAUAGAGGUAGAUGCAGAGGAUUACCAGAAAGACAAGGCAACAGGAAGGUUAAAAUUACGCGAAAAACCAUUGAUCACAACCAAAACAGAUGGACUGUCAUCUUCUCUGCUUUUAGCUGUGAAUGCAAGAGUUAUGCUGACAAGAAAUGUGAGUGUCGAAGAUGGACUUGUAAAUGGUGCAAUGGGUUAUAUAUCGCACUUUGAGUUUGGAAGAGAUCACCAUGUGCAGAGAAAAAACAUUCAAGGAGUUGGAGUAAUAUUUGACAGUAAAGAAAUCGGUAAAGUUCAUGGAACAAUGACCCAACACGGAAAUCAAAUUGUGAUUAAAAGAAUUCAGGAAGAAAUCAAGGAAAAGAAUACCAAAAACGUAGUUCGACACCAAUUUCCACUAAAGCUGUCAUGGGCAUGCACAGCACACAAAGUGCAAGGAAUGACAACAGAUAAAGUUGUGGUCAAUUUAGAUCGUACUUUUGCUGCUGGUCAAGCAUAUGUAGCCAUUAGUAGAGUGACGUCAAAAGAUGGGUUAUACAUAGAGACCGCAGAUGAAGAUAAGCUUAAAAAGAAAAUUUACGCUGAUCCAGAUGUUAAAACAUCAUUGAGCAUCAUGCAGAAAUUCGUCCCAAGUGGAGUUGGUGAAAUGGAGCAAAUACAGACUGAAGAAUGCAAAACCAUCCUUUUACUUAAUGUACAAAGUCUUAGAGCACAUAUACAGGACAUUAAAUCCGACAACAGACUAACGAACUCGGAUCUGAUAUGUUUAACGGAGACGUGGCUCAAGAACCAGGAAGACUUGUCAGAAUUUGAAAUUCCGGGCUUCAACUUUCACAGCAUUUCAAGAGGAAUGUGUUAUGAUGAAUCAUCAAACACGUUUCGUAAACUAAUCCAAGCCAGAGGCGGGGGAGUAGGUGUGUUUCAAAGGAAAGAGGAAAAUAUAAAUGUUCAUGAACUUCCCCUUCGGAAUAUUGAGGGUAUGGCGUUAGAGCUUUGCAAACAGAACAUCGUCAUAAUAGUGAUAUACCGACCAGGCAACAUAAAUGUUGGCUUUUUUCUAGAUGCCCUGCAUAACAUUGUAAUUGUUUACCAAGAACAUGGAUUUCAGUGUGUUGUUGUUGGAGAUUUCAACGAAGAUGCCAGAUCGAAAGGACCUAUUACGAGUUAUCUACAGUCAAAAGGUUUUGAGCAAAAAGUUGAGUUUUCCACAACUGAAGGAGGGACUAUUCUAGAUCACAUUUAUGUUACUGAAGGCAUGUCUGUCAAAGUUGUGAAAGUUCCUGUUUAUUUCAGUUAUCAUGAUGCUAUCAAGGUGUACUUACAAGGUAUUACAUAG